UGACUUGGAGCCUUCUUAUUAUAAGGCCUACAUGAACCACUCAAAAACCCCAACCUCUCACUUUCCCUUCCCUUCCAUUUCUUACUUUCUUUCUUUUCUUUCUCAAUUUCUCACAUUGCUUCCAAUUUCCACACAAGAGUUGAGACUCUAUGGACAACCAAUGCAACCCUUUACUUAGCAGCUGGGCAUAUUACUGCCAGGGAAAGAGCAUGGAAGAGCUGAGGCAUUCCCUUUUGUAUGCAACUCUGGAGCUGGAACAAACAAGAGUUGCAGCACAAGAGGAGCUGAGAAAGAGAGAUGAGCAACUGAACCACCUCAAAGAUCUGCUCAGCAAUGCUGUCAGAGAAAAAGAAGAAGCUCAAGACAAAUGCCGAAGACUCUUUCUUGAGAAACUCCUCCAACAACAGCAGCAGCAGCAGCAUCAACAACAAAACCACACAGCUCCUCUGUCCGGGAUUUCAAGCAUAGAAGAUGAUCCCAGAAGAGGAGGGAUUGACUCCAACAAUGGUGGAGGCUUUUCUUCCUCAGAUUGUGAAGAGAGCAUUGUGUCUUCACCAGUACUUGACCCUAUUCCACCAACCCAGGUUCCAUUACCACCACCAUCAUCAUCUCUACAGAACCAUAUUGGAAAAUUAGUGCCUGACAAGCCAUUGCCGGAAAAGGGCAAGCUUUUACAGGCAGUAAGGAAUGCUGGUCCAUUGCUCCAGACCCUUCUUUUGGCUGGACCACUCCCCCAAUGGAGACACCCACCUCCUCCUCUUGAAUCCUUUGAGAUCCCACCAGUCACUAUUACUUCACCACCAAUACCACUGCCAAAGCCACUGCUCCUCCACCAAGACUCCUUACUUAGUAUUAAUGGCUGCAACAGGAAGAGGGCUCUUUGUGAAGGCUCUGAUUCCCCUAGCUCAGAGACCAAGUACCAAAGAGUAGUCCACCACUGACUACUACUAGAGCAGCCUCAGAUUAAUCCCCUGAUUUCAUAGCUUUUAUAUCUAUAACUACAAUUUCAUACAACUAAAGGGUUAGUGAGGAUGAGAUAUCGAGUGGGGUAUGUGACUGAUCUAGCAUUUUGUACAGAAGGAAGGUUUGAUCUAGAAAGAGAGGUUGUUUUUAGUCUUCUAUGCCAGAGAUUUUGCUUGGGGGGUUUAAUUUGUCUCUUUUUUGUAUUACCUUUCACAUUUUACAUGUUGUGAAAGAGGGACCUGAUUUUUUCAUAUUGUAUUGUGGGAACUAAAAUGUAACUCUGAUACUAGUUCAGUAAGAGUUCCAUUCUGUUUGUAUGAGUGAGUGGUGUUGAGAUAUAGAUCACAUCAAACAUUAGGAUUAUAGGUGUGGAGUUGUUGAAGGUUAGAAGAAGAUGGGGUUGGGGGUGGCCGGCAACCAUAAAAGUUCAAAGAGAGCUCUGCUUGUCGGUAUGGGUGGAACCCCAAGAUCAGAAUCAGGAUCUGCUACUAGUGUGUGAUGUAUGAUUGUAUCUAUAAAUAUAUGAGGGAAGCAUCAUUUGUUUAACUCCCCUAUUCUCUAGUUUAAUUCUAAAUCUAAUUAACUAAUAAAGCCUCUUUCUACAAUC